CCUAGAUGGAUGGAUGGAUGGAUGGAUGGAUUCUUUUUCGAGUUCUGUGUCUGUUAUCCAUGCUCAUGCUCAUGCUCAUGCUCAUGCUCAUGCUCAUGCCCAUGCUCAUGCCCAUGCCCAUGCACCGAUAUGGGGAAUGUUGUGAAAGGAUGAAGGAUACUCGUUCUAGUAGAGUAGAAGGACGGAAAAGGAAGGUGCGAGUCCUUCAAUACUGGGGAUGGUAUCUGAGGUAGUGGUGCCUGCAGAUCAAGCAAAGCCUUACACAAUACCAAUACCAAAUGAAUGAAUGAAUGAAUGAAUGAAUAAAAU